GCCAGGUCGGUGCAUGCACAGGUUGCGGCGACGAUGCGGCAGUCUAUAGCUUCUGCACGACAAUCACAAGUUCCAGUGCAAUCAUCUAGUGCGGUGGCGUUGACCAAACUCGCAGAGAAGAAGAAAGAGUUCGAAGCGGUCGCCGCGCUAGACAGGGCCAGUGCCAAGUUCUUGAAGCGAAUGGAGCAGCUCGGCGAUGAUUUUGAGGUUAUGGCGGAUGCUGGGACAGUAUGCGGCGAAGUGAUGGAGCAGUGGCCCAACAUGUUCAGGAUUCUGAGUCAUUUCCUUGCCUCACGCGAAAAGAGCUCAGAUCUCGAUGAGCAGACAUCUCAAGAACCCACCGGCGAGCGCCUCGUGCGCGUACCCAUCGAAGAGUUACAGACAACGGACUCAUGAGACUCUACAACCACGCGAUCCAUUACGUGCAGCGAUCAAUGUGUCCAUAUCAAACUAUCACUUUGCCAGUGCAGUCUUCUUCUGUUGUUUCAACGCCGCGAUACGCUGUUUUCUCUCCUCUUUCCGCCUCGCCAUCUCGGCUGCUUUCUCCUCUUUAGUCAUGUACUGCGUGGCAAGUGGCGGGGAUGUCUCUCGACUUUGGACAGCAUCUACUUUGCCGUUCUCCGAUGGCGUUGGCGAGUGCAGUGCUGCCGGGGAUCGCACCUGCGCUUGAGGUGCCGCCACUCUGCUCGGAGUGGCUGUCAGGGUAGCUCCCCAGUCAUCGUUUGAUCGCGACGGCGUCGAUCGACCCGUUCCGUGGAUUCCGAGUCCCACAGUUGCGGGGGCCUGCACUCGCGCAGUCUCGAAGGCACCUGCAACAACCAACCGUCCUGGUCAGCAUUGACGUUCAUCAAGUCAUCGUUUCCCAGGGGUUGCUCUGCCCCCGCGUCCCUCUGCAACCGCCCCCGCCUUCUUAUCUCACUCCGCGGGCACGUGCAUGCAGCUGCCCGGGGGCGGCUUGCUCGCGCCGAGCCGAGGUGAAGGAGAAA